ACAGGCCAGCUUUACUCUCCAGGCUCUUUCUCCGAACCCUGCUGAGGUGGUGGUUUCCCACCGACUUUCUUUCCAUACUGCACAAGCAAGCACAGGGGUGAAAGGUCAUAAAAAUGGCGCUGGCCGCCCGUUUUUUACCCCGCUUGCUUUUCUCCGGGCCUCUGCCCGGCAGAGCCGCCAGAACUCGGUACCCCGGUGCAACCGAGGUGAGGCCGUCGUUGGUUGGGCUUUGCUGCUUCUGCCGCCACCACCUCGGUUCGAGAUCGGCUCCUUUUCCUCCAGUCACUUGGGUCUCGGUGGUGGCCUCGGCACUACCUGCUCGGGACCCUUGGCGUCCCCCGCUCAGCCCUCCGGGACUGGCCGCAGCCUUCCCCGCUUUCCCGGUCUGCCCUCGGCGCAGCUACAGCACUGAAGAACAGCCCCAGCAGCGCCAAAAAACCAAGAUGUUCAUCCUGGGCUUCUCCAACCCCAUCAACUGGAUUCGGACUCGAAUUUACGCCUUCCUUAUCUGGGCCUAUUUCGACAAAGAGUUCAGCAUCACAGAAUUCUCAGAGGGAGCGAAGCAGGCUUUUGCUCAUGUGUCCAAGUUGCUGUCACAGUGUAAAUUUGAUUUGUUGGAAGAACUUGUGGCCAAAGAGGUGCUGCAUGUAUUGAAAGAAAAGGUGACUUCUCUGCCUGACAACCAUAAAAGUGCCCUUGCUGCUGACAUAGAUGAAAUUGUGUACACAUCAGCCGGAGACAUCUCCAUCUACUAUGAUGAGAAAGGAAGGAAGUUUGUUAACAUCCUGAUGUGCUUUUGGUAUCUAACCAGUGCCAACAUCCCCAGUGAAACUUUAAGUGGAGCCAAUGUGUUCCAGGUUAAGUUGGGGGAUCAGAACGUGGAAACUAAACAGCUACUGAGUGCAAGCUAUGAAUUUCACAGGGAAUUUACACAAGGAGUAAAGCCUGACUGGACUAUUUCACGGAUUGAUCACUCAAAAUUAUUAGAAUAAUCUUUCUCGGAAAAAUUGGCUUAUUGGACUUUUAGCAAUUACUGUGAGAAACUAAAGAAGAAAAAUUUGGGAUCAGUUGAUCUUCACUUAGUCAAGUUUGUGGAUUACUUUUGUAUUAUUAUACUCCUUGUAGUAUAUUGGCAUGAUACAAUAAAGGGUUUUUCACAUAUUGUUGUCACCUUCUAUAAAAGAGGUCAAAAUAAACUACAACAGCCCAUUGUUGUUGUCAUAGUCACUAUCAUUUCUAAUGUUACAUAUAUGUGUGUGUAUAUAUAUAUA